AUGGCGUGUGCUGUUGCGGGUGAAGGUCACGCCGUCUGUCCGCCCGUCUUGGGAGCAGUUGCUGUAUUCGAGGGUCCAGUCAAACUGGAAGUCUCCCUCCGUGUCGAGAUGGCUGGUGCUCUCAUACAGAAAGUACGGGUCACUGUUGGAGUAAUUGAUGGACGACAGAUGGAAAAGGUCCGAGACUGCAUGCAGAUCGAGAAGAACAUCCAGAACACGGACGGCGAUUGGGAGGUUGAGAACGCAAUCGGCAAUCGGCACCAGCUCGUGCAGUUCGGCUCGUGCGCCUUUGGGGUCCAGAGUCAGGGGAAGAACGGCAACAUCGACUUCAACUUUGGCGGGUCUAGAAAGGUUGGUGCUAAGGGGGUGAUGUCUUGCGAUGGAACAGCCAAGGGCCAGCAGGUUGAAUGGGGCCUAUAUUAG